AUGAAGGCCCUUUUACCACUCGCCUUUCUGGUUUUUAUUAGUUCUCCGGGUUGGGCAAAAAAUAGGCACUACUAUAUAGCAAUUAAGGAAACUACUUGGAACUAUGCUCCUACUGGUAAAAAUAUGCUGACUGGGAAGCCCAUUUCAGAAGAUCAAGAGUCCCAAAUGUAUCUACAACGUGGCCCAGAUAGAAUAGGAUCUGUUUAUAAAAAGGCUUUAUAUUUUCAGUAUACUGAUGGCACAUUUCAAAAGGUCGUUAAAAAACCAUCUUGGUUGGGAUUUUUAGGUCCGAUAAUUAUAGCAGAGACUGGAGACUAUAUUUAUGUACAUGUAAAAAAUUUUGCUUCAAGGAUGUUCAGUUUCCAUCCUCAUGGACUCGCCUACACUAAAGAUAAUGAAGGUGCUCUCUAUCCUGAUAAUACUACGGGUUGGCAAAAGGAAGACGACCGUCUGGAGCCAGGGAGCCGGUAUACUUACAAGUGGUUUGUACAGGAAGGGCAGGGGCCUGCUCCCAAUGACAGCAACUGCGUAACCAGGAUAUACCACUCCCAUAUAGACACUCUCAGAGAUGUGACUUCAGGACUUGUUGGACCAAUUCUGACCUGUAAAAAAGGCACACUGGAUGGAGACAUUGAAAAAAAUAUCGAUAAGUUUUAUGUUCUGAUGUUCGCUCAAACUGACGAAAACAACAGCUGGUAUAUCGAUGACAAUAUUCAGACAUAUACUGAAUCUGGCCAAGUUAAUGCUAGUGAUCAGAGCUUCCAGCAAAGCAAUACGAUGUUCUCAAUUAAUGGAUACAUGUACGGAAAUCUGCCCAAUCUCACCAUGUGUGCAGAGGACAGGGUCAGGUGGCAUUUUGUUGGCAUGGGUGACCUUUUCGAUAUACACCCCAUCUACCUCCAUGGACAGACUCUGAUCUCCCGGCACCACAGGAAGGACACUAUUACCGUCUUCCCUGCCUCAUUGGAAGAUGCCUUCAUGGUGGCCAAGGGCCCUGGAGAGUGGAUACUGGGCUGUCCGAUAUAUGAGAGUAUGAAGGCCUUUUUCAAAGUAAGGAAUUGUCAAAAACCUAACACAGAUGCUACUGAGGCCCAUGUUAAACAUUACUAUAUUGCGGCUGAAAAAAUACUGUGGAACUAUGCUCCAUCUGGUACAAAUUACUUCAGUAAAAAACCUUUAACAGAGCCUGGAAGUGACUCUCAGAGAUAUUUUGAACAAGGCCCAACCAGAAUUGGAGGAACUUACCAAAAACUAGUUUACCGUGAAUACACGGAUGCUUCCUUCCAAACACAGAAAGCGAGAGAAGAGCACCUUGGAGUCCUCGGCCCUGUCAUUAAGGCAGAGGUGGGAGACACCCUCAGGGUCACUUUCUAUAACAACGGGACCCUGCCGCUGAGCAUGCAGCCUCAUGGACUGCGCUACAGCAAAAGCAACGAAGGCUCCUACUACCGAACGCCCGGAGGAGGUAAGCAGAGCCUGAGGGCGGGCCAGCAAGCCAUCCCUUCAGCCUCCUCACAUGUAGACCCUGGCACGACAUUUGUCUAUACGUGGCAAGUUCCAAGAGAUGUGGGGCCUACCUCCACGGAUCCCAGCUGCCUGACCUGGUUGUACUACUCCGCAGUCCAUGAGAAAAAAGACACCUACAGCGGCCUCGUAGGGCCUCUGCUGGUGUGCAGAAAGGGAAGUCUCGGCAGGUAUGGCAAGCAGAAGGGAAUAGACAAAGAGUUUUACCUACUUGCCACAGUAUUUGAUGAAAAUGAAAGUCUUCUACUGGAUGAAAAUAUUAGAACAUUUACUACAGACCCUGAGAAGGUGGAUACAGAGGAUAGGGAUUUCCUGGAAUCUAACAUGAUGUACUCCAUAAAUGGAUACAUGUAUGGAAAUCUGCCAGGACUGGAUAUGUGCUUAGGAGACAACGUUGCGUGGCAUGUUCUUAGCGUGGGAUCACAGAAAGACUUACAUGGAAUAUAUUUUUCAGGAAAUACCUUCACUUCCACAGGAGAAAGGGGGGACACUGUUGCCCUGGUCCCUCACACUUCCAAGACACUUUUAAUGACACCCGAUUCCACAGGAAAGUUUGACGUGGUUUGUCUGACCUCGCAGCACUAUCUAGGAGGCAUGAAACAUAAAUACGAAGUGAGGCAGUGUUCGGAGCCAAAGCAGUACCCUGAGCAAAAGCAGUACCCUGAGCAAAAGCAGUACCCUGAGCAAAAGCAGUACCCAGAGGAGAGGACUGUUUACAUCGCAGCUGAGGAGGUGGUGUGGGACUACUCCCCCAGCAGGCGGUGGGAGAGGGAGCUGCACCGUCUGCAGAGGAAAGAGAAUGCAACAGACAUAUAUUUGGAUAACGUUGGGACAUUUCUGGGGUCCAAGUAUAAGAAAGUCCUUUACCGUGAAUACGAAGAUGUCACGUUCACAAAGCAAAGAGAACGGCAGGAGGAUGAGAAACACCUGGACAUACUGGGUCCUUUAAUAUUUGCCACUCCUGGUGAGCAAAUCCGAAUUAUCUUUAAAAAUAAAGCCUCAAGACCAUAUUCUAUUUAUGCUCAUGGAGUAAGAACAGAGGAUUCCACUGUUGUUCCAACACAGCCAGGAGAGAUCCGAACGUACACUUGGCAGAUUCCUGAAAGAACUGGUCCUGCCUCGGAUAACUUUGAAUGCAUACCUUGGUUUUACUAUUCUACUGUGAAUCUAGUUAAGGAUCUUAACAGCGGCCUGGUGGGCCCUUUGAUAGUAUGUCGCAAAGACGCUAAAGCCAGCAUAGUUCACCGUGUUCUCCUCUUUACGAUUUUUGAUGAGAAUGAAUCGUGGUACUUGGAAGAAAAUAUCAAUACCUAUUCUCUAGAACCGAACCAAGUAGACAAGAAUGAUGAGAUUUUUAGCCUCAGCAACCAAAUGCACGCAAUUAACGGAAGAAUGUUUGGAAAUAACCAAGGUCUCACAUUUCAUGUUGGGGAGGAAGUGAAUUUUUAUCUGAUUGGAAUAGGGAGUGAAUUUGACCUGCACACAGUUCACUUUCAUGGCCACAGCUUUGAUUUCAAGGAUUCUGGACUGUAUCGCUCUGAUGUUUAUGACCUUCCUCCUGGGGUCUAUAAAACUGUAAAAAUGUUUACAAGAGAUGUUGGAAUAUGGUUAUUCCAUUGCCAUGUUAGCAGUCACAUUAAUGCUGGAAUGGAAACCACUUACACUGUAAUUGAAUAAAUAGCGCAAAUAUCUCCUUGAAGUCAGAAGUCCAGCUGCUGAAGAAAAAACUCUCCAGGGAUGAAGGAGCCUAGG